GUAUUUUACCAAUCUCAGAGGAUGCCAUGGAAAUAGAUACAGGUAGCAACAAUCAACAAGUUGGCGACCUUCAAAAUUUAAUAGAUGAAUUGAAACUUCAGAUAAACUGGAUGCAACAGAAUUUAUUACAAUUGAUAAUGAUGAUAGUCUGGAAUAUGGAGUUAGAUAUGAAAUUGAUUCAAGAAAGCAAGCCACAUCGGAAAUAUGGUUUAGAUAAUUAUCAUAAACUUAAAAAUAUAAAUGAUUUUAAAG